AUGGCUGAAAGAAAAGUUCUAAUUAAGUAUUAUCCUCCUGAUUUUGAUCCUUCAAAAUUAAUCAAGAAUAAGCGUCCUUUAGACAAAUAGGAUAAUGUUCGUAUGAUGCUUCCGAUGACAGUUCGUUGCAACACUUGUGGAAAUUAUCUUUAUAUAGGAACUAAAUUUAAUAUGAGAAAAGAAACAGUUUAAAAUGAAAGUUAUUUGGGAAUAAGAAUUUAUCGUUUUUAUUUUAAGUGCACUCACUGCUAUAGUGAACUUACAUUCAAAACAGAUCCCAAAAAUCAUGACUACGUUGCUGAAUUUGGAGCUACCCGUAAUUAUGAAGCAUCGCGUGAUAACGAAAAGGCUGAAGAAGUUCUUAAAAAAUUGAGAGAAAACGAUGAAGAAGGUAAUGCAAUGAAAUUCUUGGAAAACAGAACAAACGAUAGCAGAAAAGAGCUAGAAAUAUUAGAUGCUUUGGAUGAGAUUAGACACAACAGUAAGAAAAUGCUGUAUGUUACACCAGAGGAGCUAAUUAAGUUAACAAUUUAGAACUAAAUAGAGCAAAAUAUAUAUGAAGAGCUAGAUGAUGAUGAGCAAUCAAAACUAGAAGAGUUCCUGUAAAGUCAAAGAACUAAACGUAUAAAAGAUUAUAAUGAUGACUCAACUAAUGAUACUUUAAGCACUGUCAGCUUUUUGGCAAGUGAUUAAAAUGAAAAGUAAGAUGACCGUAAAAAAUAAUUUAAACAUGUAUUCACUGUUAAAAAAAUAUAAAAAAUUUCAGAAACAGAAUCUAAAGUAAAAUCUAUUAAUAAUGGCGAAGUCUCCAACGAGGCAAAGAGCAAUGAUAAUAAAUAAAAUAAUCUGUAAUCCAUUCUUAAUUAUUCUAGUGACAGUGAUUAAGAAUGA